AUGUCUGAUAACACCGAUUCAAAUAAACCCUCCACAUUCGACUGGUGGAGGCGAACCAUGGAGUACAAGACCGGCAUGGGUCUAACACCAGAAUCCAAAGAGGCCUACGAGAAGGAUCUCGCCGUGAGGACAAAAACCAAGGAUUGCGAAAAGUGCUACGAAUACAGAGACUGGAUGCUUACGUACUCGCCAAGUGUUGUAUUCAUGCUUGACCAGAUCAAGAAACUGGGUAGUAAACUGGACUCCAAAGACAUCAUAUGUGAUGAAUGCGACGAUCUACGAGGAGGAGGUUACCACCCGGAUAUGGGAAUUUUGCUCUGUCAGAACCGAAUCCUGGAUAAGUGGCAUCUGGGAGACGUUUUGUCGCACGAACUGGUGCAUGCCUACGACGAUCGCAAAUUUAAGGUUGACUGGCUGAAUCUUAAGCAUCACGCCUGUUCAGAGAUACGGGCUAGUUCGCUAAGUGGUGAAUGUAGAAUCUCCCAGGAGUUUUGGAAAGGUGCCCUGGGAAAGGUGAGCAAAGGCCAUCAAAACUGUGUCAAGCGUAGGGCAGUUUUGUCGGUGAUGGCUAAUCCCAACUGUGACUCCAGAGAGACUGCUGAAAAGGCUGUUGAUGAGGUAUGGGCAAGCUGCUUCAACGACCCUCGUCCUUAUGAGAUGAUCUACAGAUAA